AUGGGAGAUAACAUGUCAAAGAGAUUAAAACUGGUCACAGCUACUGACUCAGAGAUGGAGGAGCGCUCUUUUAUCAACCCUUAUCCUGACUGGGAUCAAGGAGUCUUCACAACUUCCAGUUCAGGAUCUGACAGUAAUGUCAGCGAUCCAUUUGAUGCUAAUGGAAAGAUCAGCGAGGCCUUUCAGAAGAAGGUGCAGAAUAAGAUUAAAGACCUACUGCAGCAGAUGGAGGAGGGGCUGAAGACCGCAGAUCCUCAUGACUUCUCCACCUACACCGGCUGGACAGGCAUCGCUUUGCUGUACCUUCAGCUCCAUCGUGUUACCUGUGAAGCGUCUCACCUCCACCGCGCCCUCGACUAUGUCAAACGCGCCCUUCGGAACCUCAACGGCCGCAGGGUGACCUUCCUGUGCGGGGAUGCUGGACCCCUGGCCGUGGGCGCAGUGGUGCACCAUCGGCUGAAGAACCAGGCAGACUCAAAGGAAUGCCUCACAAAGCUGCUCCAGUUGCAGCGUUCAGUCAUUAGUCCGGACUCCGAGGUUCCGGAUGAGUUGCUGUAUGGUCGCGUGGGCUACCUCUUUGCCUUGCUCUACGUCAACAAAGAGAUUGGCCCAGACACUGUGGAGGACACCACCAUCGCCAAGGUGAUAACAGCCAUUUUGGAGUCGGGGAAGAACCUUUCCAAAGAGGAGAAGAAGACAGACCGAUGCCCCCUGCUCUACGAGUGGCACAAGAAACAGUACGUGGGCGCGGCGCACGGCCUGGCAGGAAUCUACUACAUGCUGAUGCAGCCCAGUGCUAAAGUGAAUCACGACAUUCUGGUGGAACUGGUCCGACCCAGCGUGGACUACGUACGCCACAAAAAAUUCCGGUCUGGAAACUACCCGUCGUCCCUUAGCAACGAGACGGACAGGCUGGUGCACUGGUGUCAUGGAGCACCUGGUGUGGUUCACAUGCUCAUUAUGGCCUAUAAGGUGUUUAAGGAGGAGAAGUACCUGAAGGAUGCAGUGGAUUGUGGGGACGUUAUUUGGCAGAGGGGGCUUCUGAGAAAGGGCUACGGUAUCUGCCACGGGACGGCUGGUAAUGGCUACGCGUUCCUCUCCCUUUACCAUGUCACCCAGGAGAAAAAAUACCUCUACCGUGCCUGCAAGUUUGCCGAGUGGUGCCUGGACUACGGAACGCAUGGAUGCCGCAUCCCGGACCGACCAUACUCCUUGUUCGAAGGUAUGGCAGGAGCAAUUCACUAUCUCUCAGAUCUGGCCCAGGCUGAAGCUUCCUGUUUCCCUGCAUUUGAACUUUGACCUGGGCUUCGGAAGGACAUACAGUGACUGUUACUUUCCCCUCUUAUUCUGAGAGUGUUGAGAUUGUGAAAGCUUUUUUUUUUUGGCCCUGAGGGGAAGUUUCUGGACAGUGUGGCACUGGACAGUCCCCUGCAGCAAAAAUGAUAAACUGUCGCUUUUGGCCGGCACUGAUUCAAAAAUGAA